AUGCUCUUUAUAAGGUAUUUAAAAGAAAAUAUAAUUAACUGGUGGCGUGCUUCUGUUGCAGCUCAAAUUGAAAUUAUUCCAUGCAAGAUCUGCGGAGACAAAUCUUCAGGAAUCCAUUAUGGUGUGAUUACCUGUGAGGGUUGCAAGGGUUUCUUCAGGAGAAGUCAGCAAAGCAACGCCACGUAUUCCUGCCCUCGUCAGAAAAACUGCUUAAUCGAUCGGACCAGUAGGAACCGCUGCCAGCACUGCCGGUUGCAGAAAUGCCUCGCUGUGGGGAUGUCUCGAGACGCCGUCAAGUUUGGUCGCAUGUCCAAAAAACAGAGGGACAGCUUGUACGCAGAGGUCCAGAAGCAUCGGAUGCAGCAGCAGCAGCAGCGAGACCACCAACAGCCCCCUGGAGAAGCGGAGCCGCUGACCCCGAGCUACAGCAUCACGGCUAAUGGCCUGACGGACCUGCACGAUGACCUCAGUAAUUACAUAGAUGGUCACCCUCCUGAAGGUAGCAAAGCCGACUCUGCGGUUAGCAGCUUCUACUUAGACAUACAGCCUUCUCCAGACCAGUCGGGGCUUGAUAUUAAUGGCAUCAAACCAGAACCAAUCUGUGACUACACACCCACGACGGGCUUCUUUCCAUAUUGCUCCUUUACCAAUGGGGAGACCUCUCCUACUGUGUCCAUGGCAGAAUUAGAACACCUGGCACAGAACAUUUCUAAGUCACACAUGGAAACCUGCCAGUACUUGAGGGAAGAGCUGGAACAGAUCACCUGGCAAACGUUUCUGCAGGAAGAAAUUGAGAACUAUCAGAGCAAGCAAAGAGAGAUCAUGUGGCAGUUGUGUGCGGUGAAGAUAACGGAAGCAAUACAGUAUGUCGUAGAGUUUGCCAAACGCAUCGACGGCUUUAUGGAACUAUGCCAAAACGAUCAAAUUGUGCUUUUAAAAGCAGGGUCUUUAGAGGUUGUAUUUAUCAGAAUGUGUCGUGCCUUUGACUCUCAAAACAACACAGUAUACUUCGAUGGCAAAUACGCUGGCCCAGAUGUAUUCAAAUCAUUAGGCUGUGAAGAUUUCAUUAGUUUUGUUUUUGAAUUUGGAAAGAGUUUAUGUUCUAUGCACCUUACUGAAGACGAGAUUGCAUUAUUCUCAGCUUUCGUUUUACUAUCUGCAGAUCGAUCGUGGCUUCAGGAAAAGGUAAAAAUAGAAAAGCUCCAGCAAAAAAUUCAGUUUGCGCUUCAACAUGUACUGCAGAAAAACCAUCGAGAAGAUGGAAUAUUAACAAAGCUAAUAUGCAAAGUGUCUACCUUAAGAGCCCUGUGUGGACGACAUACAGAAAAGCUCAUGGCGUUCAGAGCAAUAUACCCAGACAUUGUACGACUUCAUUUCCCUCCUUUGUACAAGGAGUUGUUCACUUCAGAAUUUGAGCCGACGGUGCAGAUGGAAGGGUAACGGGGUCUUCUCGAGCCUUCUAGAAGGGACAGACGUUCAAGCAGAAAGAUAGCAAGAGAGAAAGAGAUUAAACGAAACCAAGACACUUUCGUGGCCCUGCUUAAGACGUAGGGAGCCAGCACACUGCACAUCUUCCGGGCAGAGGCGCCAGGCGAAGGAGGGGAAAAACGAAGCAAGGGCCGAACUUGCUCGUCUUCUUGGUCCAGUUGCUGCGAUGCUCACCCAGAGGGACCCUUUUUUCCUGUCUGGACUUCUCAGUCUUCAGCCUCUGUUUACACAGAAGGAGGGUUUCCCUCUGUCCUUGUAACUCACUGCCCACAGAGACGCUCACCGAACAAGGUCCGAACCGAAUCUCCAGCUUGACUCCGGUGACUGGUGUGCACCGCAGAGGCUCCGCAUCAUCAGUUUUGCACAACCUUGCUCAUGGUUUCAUGAAGGACGAUGUCUUUUCACCGUACCGUGAUUGCCGCCAGGCGGAAUGGCAUGAAAAGAGUCCAUAGCAAUAGCAUUAUAAUCUAUUACAGGGUAAAUGGGCAUGAAGUCAAUAUAUAGCAAAAGAGAUGAUAUUGUUUAUAUAUUGUUUUAAUUAAUAUAAAAAUGUAGUUAACUGGUAUAGCUUUUAUUGUUGAAUUGAUAAGGCACUUUCAUUUUGCACCUUUUUUUCUUUUUAAAUUAUAUGCUGGCGUGUUCAAUGUUUGUGCUGCAUGUACACCAGAAAUCCAAGUUUAAGGGAGGGCUGGAAGGGCGAGGAGGAGGAGGAGGACACUGCAAAAGGGGUUGUGCUGCUAUUUACCACGUUUCCUUUGGCAGAGAGGCCGGCCCAGGUCAUGAGAUACCCUUCCGUGGUCUUGUGUAAGGGGGCAGGGAGGGGAGUCAAGUUUCUAAACUGUUCUCUGGUUCUUAAAACUAUGAUUUUAUUGGAGAAGCAAGAAAAAAGAAAAAAAAAUCCCUAUUUUUAAACCAGAUUGCUGACAAUGGGGAUUGAAAAGAAAAAAAAAAGAGCUAUGUUUAAUCACUUAACAAAAUGUGUUGGUUUUCAGUAACAUCUUUUUAAAAUCAGCCCAUUUCCUGGGAUGAGUAAAUAUGGAUUCCGACAACCAAAUUUAGACACUUGUGUUUUGGAAAUAUUGGUCUUAAUACUUUUGUUUACAUUUUGUGUGUGUUUGUAUAUGUGUAUGUGUGUGGAGAGAGAGAAACAGAUUCAAUGUACUAAGACAGAUAGGGUACAUACAUUUUUUUCUUCUCAUGGAUAGUCUCCAUGGGCUUAAAUCUUGUAUUCAGUGCAUGGAAACCCAACUUUUUGCUGAAACGGCUGGAGGCUUGUUAAAAAACCUGCUCUUACAUGUGGCUAAUUCCUUUGUAAACC